GUGAAAACUGAGCUCGAGCGGCCGCGAGCGACCUGGGCCUCUGAACAUCCUGACUCAGAUUCAGAGGUCUGAACUCUGAACAGGUAGGUACCCUAGAUGCUGCUGUCUGCGCAGAGAGCUCUACGUAACCGCAGCUAAGUAGGCACCAGUACCUAUUGUCGUUCACCAUGGCGGGCGUUGCUUCGUUGUCCAAGCAGCUAUGCUCCGCGGGCAGUGUCCACAUGCUGUCCGCGGUGGAGCAGUCGAUGCACCGCUGCCUCGCAAUGCCCGUGCGCCUCUCAAGAGGGCCCACCCGCAAGGCCAUGUUGUUCUGCGCCCCCAGCAUUGCGCUGGGCACCAGCUUCUUGGGAGGGGCAGCCGCGCAGGGAGUGGCCAGCGUGGGCCGUGUGGCGGCCGGUGGCGGCGCGCGCGUGGCCAUGGUGGCGGGCACGGCGGUGGACACCAAGGAGUAUGUGGCGCAGCUGCGCGGGGCCAAGGAGGCGGUGCGCGAGCUGAUCACCAGCAAGAAGUCCAACCCCAUCCUGGUGCGCCUCGGCUGGCAUGACGCUGGUACGUACGACGCAGAGCAGGGCAUGGCGGCGUGGCCCAAGUGCGGCGGCGCCAACGGCAGCAUGCGCUUUAAGCCGGAGCAGAGCCACAGCGCCAAUGCUGGGCUGGCCAACGCAGUGCUGCUGCUGGAGGACAUCAAGCAGCGCUUCCCCCAAGUGUCCCACGCAGAUCUGUACCAGAUGGCCAGCGCGGUCGCGAUAGAGAUCGCAGGCGGCCCAGUGAUCCCGCUCAAGUACGGCCGCGUUGAUGCGGCGGAGAAGGACGAUUGCGUGGUGGAUGGCAAGCUGCCGUCCGGGGACCCGGAGAGCACGCACAAGCAGUCGCCCGCAGACCACCUGCGCAAGGUGUUCUACCGCAUGGGCCUCAACGACAAGGAGAUUGUGGCGCUGUCUGGCGCGCACACCCUGGGCCGCGUGUACCCCGACCGCAGCGGCUUCGGCAAGGCCAGCACCAAGUACACGGAGAACGGCCCCGGCACCAAGGGCGGCCAGUCGUGGACCGCGGAGUGGCUCAAGUUCGACAACAGCUACUUCAAGGACGUGAAGGCGCGCACCGACCCGGACCUGGUCGUCCUCUCCACCGACGGCGUCCUCUUCCAGGACCCCGCCUUCCGGGAGUACGCGGAGAAGUACGCCGAGGACGAGGAGCUGUUCUUCAAGGACUACGUGCUCGCGCACAAGAGGCUCAGCGAGCUGGGGUCCAAGUUCGACCCGCCCGAGGGCAUCGUCCUGGAUGCCCAGGCCGUCAGCCCCACCCCCGCCGCAAGCAACAACGGCAGCAACGGCCCCGUCGCCUUCUCCGCAAAGGACUACUACUCCGAAGCGUCCGCCAAGACAAGCAAGUCUGAUCUGUCUCCCGAGAUGAAGGAGAAAAUCCGGAAGGAGUACCUUGGCUUCGGAGGCAGCCCGGACACUCCGGUUGCUGGAGGAACAAACCCUUUCGUUGUCAUCAGCAUCAUUGUUGCUGUUUUGGCGUUGCUGAGCAAAGCGAUUGGGGCCAUUUGAUUGAAAUGGUUGUUCACAGAUUGCGCAAUUUUGUAUGUUGGCUUGAGUACUGAGUUGAAGGCUGACAAUAAGCAACAAUUACCAUGCAAUUGUAAGCAUAGUCAAGACCUUGUCGGACAAAUUGUAUAUGUUGACCAGAGUUCCUACAUAUCUUGCCAUGUAGUUUAGUGCCUGUGGCAUGUUUAAUGUUGUAAUAAGUUCUGAUAUAGUGAGCGUUAUUGCCCAAAGCCAACACAAAUCCCCAUAUGUGUUCCACAUCAAGUUCCUCAAAAGGCAAAAAGUUAUGUAUAUUUUGAUAAUG